UGUCUGACGGAAUAUUUUUCAGACGUUCAGGCUGAAGUACCGUCAGACAGUACAUCGCAAUUUGAUGAUGCUACUUUGAAAGCAAUAGCAGAGGUGUACUUGAAGGAUGGUGAUAACGAGUACAGCAAAGGAGAGGCUUACAACGCGGUACACUUCUAUACAGAGGGACUGCAAGUGAAUUGCAAAGACAUCCAAGUCAACGCCGCGCUCUAUAGCAACAGGGCAGCCGCGCAAUUGCUUUUGGGAAAUUAUCAAGAAGCUUUGGAUGAUGCUACAGUUUCUGUGCAGUUCGAACCAACUUUCAUAAAAGCCAUAGAAAACGGGGCCAGUGCAUGUGAGCAGCUUCACUUCUAUCAAGAAGCCAUUGGCUGGUGUCAGAAAGGAUUAGCAAUGGACCACAACAACAAGAAGUUACUUGAUUUGUGGACCCAAUGUGUUACUGAGUCAACUGAUGGGACAGAUGAAUCAGGAAGUAAACAGGUAGUAAAGACUAACCGUGACAAGAACAGCGCAGAAAGCGAGGAUAUAAAAAUCAACAAACAACUAUCUCAAACACCUAUCAAGAAGGUCCUCCUUCAUGAGAACAAUUCGCAUCUUUCUAUUAAAGCAGGGGAAAAAGCUGGAGAGGGAAAUAGUUACGGAAAUCUCGGCAAUCCUUAUCAUAGCCUAGGACUCUUCCAAAGAGCCAUCCAGUAUCAUGAGCGUCAUCUAAAAACUGCCAAAGAAGUGGGAGACAAGGCUGGAGAGGGAAGGAGUUACUGCAAUCUCGGCAAUGCUUAUCAUAGCCUAGGAGAUUUCCAAAGAGCCAUCCUGUAUCAUGAGCGUCAUCUAGAAAUUGCCAAAAAAGUGGGAGACAAGGCUGGGGAGGGAACCAGUUACGGUAAUCUCGGCAAUGCUUAUGAUAGCCUAGGAGAUUUCCAAAGAGCCAUCCAGUACCAUGAGCGUGCUCUAAAAAUUUCCAAAGAAGUGGGAGCCAAGGCUGGAGAGGGAGACAGUUACGAAAAUCUCGGCAAUGCUUAUUAUAGCCUAGGAGAUUUCCAAAGAGCCAUCCAGUAUCAUGAGCGUGCUCUAAAAAUUGCCAAAGAAGUGGGAGACAAGGCUGGAGAGGGAAGGAGUUACUGCAAUCUCGGCAAUGCUUAUGAUAGCCUAGGAGAUUUCCAAAGAGCCAUCCAGUAUCAUGAGCGUGAUCUAAAAAUUUCCAAAGAAGUUGGAGACAAGGCUGGAGAGGGAGGCAGUUACGGCAAUCUCGAUCUAAAAAUUGCCAAAGAAGUGGGAGACAAGGCUGGAGAGGGAACGAGUUACUGCAAUCUCGGCAAUGCUUAUUGUAGACUAGGAGAUUUCCAAAGAGCCAUCCAGUAUCAUGAGCGUCAUCUAAAAAUUGCCAAGGAAGUGGGAGACAAGGCUGGGGAGGGAAAGAGUUACGGCAAUCUCGGCAAUGCUUAUCGUAGCCUAGGAGAUUUCCAAAGAGCCAUCCAGUAUCAUAAGCGUGCUCUAAAAAUUGCUAAAGAAGUGGGAGACAAGGCUGGAGAGGGAAAGAGUUACUGCAAUCUCGGCAAUGGUUAUUGUAGCCAAGGAGAUUUCCAAAAAGCCAUCCAGUAUAAUGAGCGUGCUCUAAAAAUUGCCAAAGAAGUGGGAGACAAGGCUGGAGAGGGAAGGAGUUACUGCAAUCUCGGCAAUGCUUAUGAUAGCCUUGGAGAUUUCCAAAGAGCCAUCCAGUAUCAUGAGCGUGAUCUAAAAAUUGCCAAAGAAGUGGGAGAUAAGGCUAGAGAGGGAGGCAGUUAUGGCAAUCUCGGCAAUGCUUAUUGUAGCCUAGGAGAUUUCCAAAGAGCCAUCCAGUAUCAUGAGCGUGCUCUAAAAAUUGCCAAAGAAGUGGGAGACAAGGCUGGAGAGGGAAGCAGUUACUUCAAUCUCGGCCGUGAUGUUUGGAGUCUGGGAGACCUGGAAAGAGCUGCCGACUUUUAUCAUUCUUGUGUAGUAAUCUUUGAAGCUAUCCGAACCAGUUUGCGGCUCAAUGAUGAUUGGAAGAUUAGCUACCGCGAUAUGCAAAGGAAUGCAUAUAACUGUUUGUGGCGUCUUCGAUUAAAACAAAAUCAAAUUUUUGAUGCACUUCUCUCUGCUGAACAAGGACGUGCACAGGCUCUCAAUGAUCUUAUUUGUUUUAGGUAUGGGUUGGGAGAGACACAACUUCGGCCUCACACCCCACGGAUUUCUGAUCUUGAGGUCCUUAUUGGUGAUGCUGUAUCAAAUACAGUUUUUAUGGCGAUAGAUAAUGAGGAAUGCAAAAUAUUCUACUGGUUUAUCAAUAGCUUACAGGAUAUUCAAUUGAGAAGUAUCGAGAUGAGUAGUUAUGGCUCGUUCAAAGAU